ACUCCCUCCGUUCCAAAAUAGAUGACUCAACUUUGUACUAACUUUAGUACAAAGUUAGUACAAAGUUGAGUCAUCUAUUUUGGAACGGAGGGAGUAUAUGUUAGCCCAGUCCUCCUUGCCACUUGUGAAUUGUGACUUGUGACUUGUGACUCUAUCAAGUCACUGCAGCCGAGGAGGGGAACUCUGAAGCUCCCUCCACCGAGAUCUAGGGAGGAGGAGUGAUCUGUGGAGACAAGGAAAGAGAGACCGAUGGAGUUUGCUGUAGCGGCAUUUAGCACGGUAGCUGGCGUCGCCUUGUCGAAGCUCUGCAGCGUGAAGGGGAAGCUAAAUACUGAUGCUACCAUCAUCAGUGAAGAACUCAAGUGGAUCGAAGCUGCCAUGAAGGAUCAUGCUUCCAGUGUCGAGCCGAUGAGUUUCUUGCAGGCAGAAUAUUUUGCACAACUGAGGGCCUUGGCUUAUGACAUCCAAGACUGUAUAGACAGCUUCAACGCCAAGAUGACGACCGAUGAUGAAUUUGCCGACAAAAUUGCCCAACUCAAGGAGAGAUCAACUGCAACGACUGAACGGAUAAAGAGGUUUGGCUUUCCUGUACAAGGGGCUGCAGCACAAGCGGCGGCUGCUGCUGUCCCCGCGGAGAUUCAGAAUUUUCAUUUCCUGAUGAGGGGAGGUAAUCUUAAUGGUGAUUACCACAACUGCUUGCUAUAUCUGCGCUUGUUCCCUCAUGAACAUCAUGUCAGGACUAAGCCCCUAGAAAGGAGAUGGACGGCUGAAGGACUUGUACCAGGAGAACAAGGCGCAGCCAGCAAUUUGGGCAUGCUUGUUGGUUCCAGUAUCAUCAGGUCCACCCAGAGAAGCAGCAAUGGGAAGGUGAAGAGAUGCCAGCCUACCGGCGAUGCGAUUCGGCAGUACAUCACCCAACGGUCCAUGUCGGAGAAUUUCAUAUGGUUAUCUCACGAUGUGGCCGAAUUGCAGAACGAACACCUCCGCAGGCUAUCUGUGCAUGCUUGUGCAAACGCCCAUCUGAAUUUGCCUCAGAGUUUAUCUCUUCUCCGGACCCUGGCAGUAUUCUCCACUGGCGCGGCGGCAACUCUAGAUAGUUAUGAAGCUGUUUUAGAUUUUACCAAGUAUAAACUGCUGCGAGUGUUGGACCUGAAAGAGUGUGCUCACCUUAGUGCGGGCCAUAUUCAGGCUAUCUACAGCCUGGUGCUGAUGAAAUACCUGAGCAUCAAAUCGGGCAUCAUUGAUAGGCUUCCAAGGGAAAUCUGGAAGCUGAAUCAGCUAGAGACACUCGACCUGAGUGGAAGUGGAAGCUCAGAAUGUGACGGUGCUGAUGGAAUAGUGACGGUGUACAAAGAAGUCCUCCUGCUGCCGCGAUUGAAGCAUCUCAUUGGCAAGUUUGAGCUUUCCGGAACAGAUACCAUUUGGGCACCUGUACCGUCAGAUGUAGAGAAGUUCCUCAAAGCUCAUAAGAGUAUGCUGGAGACGCUGGCAGGAUUUGUCACCGGUCAGAAAGUUGGAUUUCCGCAACUGAUGAGUCUUAUGAGGCGGUUGCGGAAGGUGAAGAUAUGGUGCGAACCCAAUGCAAAGCGAAGAAACCUGCAUGCUCUUUCAAGUGCCAUUACCAAAUUCAUUCGUGAUGGUCCCGGAGAGCCUCAUCUUAGUCGCUCCCUAUCCAUCAAUUUCCAAGGAUCCUCGGGAGGAUUCACGAGCGAUAUAGACCCAGUUCCCGGCAUACUCGCCGCUCUCAAGCUGCAAGGCAAACUGGGCCAGUUCCCUCCGUUUGUCUCACAGCUAAGUUCCAUCGACGAGCUGUGCCUUUGCUCGACUGGUCUGAGCUGGGAGGAUAUUCGAGCCGGGCUGAGCUACGUGGAUAUUCAAGGCGAGCUGAUCUGCGUUGGGGGACUGAAAUAUCUCAAGCUUAUUGAAAAUGAGGAUACCCUCGGGCCCAUCGUGAUACAGCCUGAUCACCUCAAAAGCAUCAAGCGGUUGUCAAUCGUGUGCAAGCCAAGGCUAGACAUAACAAUCCAAGCUGGCGCGCUGCCUGAUCUUGUGUCGCUUCAUAUCCUCUGUGAAACACUGGAUGUUCUUCCUGGAACACCCGGCAUUGAGAUUGCACAUAUGAAUCAGCUGGAUCAAGUCGAGCUCCAUCCUCAGGUCCAGGGCGGAAUAAGAGCUCAAUGGCAACUGGCUGUAGAUGGCCAUAAUAAUAGGCCCGUGCCCUUCCUUUUGUUCGUUGAAGAACCCUGAUCGAUAAUGCAGACUUCAUCAAACACGUCAGUGCAAAUCAACAAUGGAGCCACCUUCCGUCGGCAUUGCUGCCAACUUAAUUAUGUUGCACCGAUAUGCUGCCUCUCUCCUUUGUGUGAUGGUUUUCUUCUUCUUAUGGUUAUUACUAUAACAAGGUUUACCACAUGUUGUUCAAUUUAGCCUUUCCAACAUUAUUAUUAUUACUAUUUGUGUGUAUACCCACUGUUUGUUUCAGAGAGAUUUCUCUUAUUGUAAAUUUUAUUGUACUCCUUCCAUUCAAGAACUUUUUUCUUUCGAAAAGGGAUCAAGAACUUUGCUGCUCCUCAUUAUUUA